CUCACAUGGGGUCCCGUUAUCCCACUGGAAUUUCAUCCGAACCACACCGCCGCAACUCCACUUCCGCAUCACGAGUCAGAAUUCCGUUCAACGUCCACCUGGACGUGUCACAACACCACAGCCUAUUCGAUCGACAACUACGACCGAGCCCAGGGCGACGUCCACGUCCACCCUUUCCUUCCAGGGACCCAGGUCAGAUUCAUCAACAUGGACGUCGCCGCCGCUGGGCCCGGCGCUGGGAUGCAGCAAGAUCCUGCGAAGACUCUUGCAAAGGGCAGCACCAGCACUAAGCGGUUUUCAAAAGGCGAAGCGGCGAAGCCCAAACCCCUUUCCAAUCUCACAGGCUCGCGGUUUCAAUGCCCCAAGUGUCCCAAAACUUUCAGCCGCAUUGAGAACCUAACCCGCCAUCAAGCAAAUCGUAAGUUAUAUCACCCAAUAUAAACACGGUGCAACAAAAAGUGAAAUAGCAAGCAAUGCCGACACUGUAUAGAUGACGAUGUGGGCAAGUUCCCCUGCGUCGUAUGCAACAAGCGCUUCACUCGAAGCGACCUCCUCAAUCGCCAUCGACGUAUCCAUGGACCGCAACAGGAGUCCAACCCCCACGUGACGAACGAAUAUGUUUCAGCUUCUCCGGAUCAAAGAGCCUACGGUGAUCUGGCUCUUCGAGAUGAUCGUAGCUCAGCUUCUAGAGAUGGAUCAAGCUCAAUCGCAACCUCUUCUCCUGCUGGGGGAUACCAGCCGAUCCCUCCACCGUAUCAACAACCUGUGCAGCCCGUCUACCAACAUCCGUUGCAGCCGGGCCCGGACCCGAAUAUUCUGCAGCACCAAGUGAGGACUCAGGGCUUGACAAGUUUGAUGGAGGCUGCUUUAGCACCACAAGAGAACUUUGCCUUUACACCUGUCGAGAACAUCAACCCCUCACUGUGGGAUGGAUUCAUGCGGUUCGGUGAGAACACGAAUAUGUACAUGGGCUCGUAUGAUGCGGAUAUGUCCUGGACUCUGGACUAUCUGCCAUCAGAACACUCCCCCAACUAUCUCUUGGACCAGGACAUGUUAAGUGCAUUUGACGACUUUAACGACACAUCAUAUCAGUAUCAACAGAUGCAGUAUGAACAGCCGCCUGCUGUCAACGACACCGAAGACGCGGAAGGCGAGGAUGAGGAUACUACGGAUUGGCCGGACAAAGUCGAGAAACCUGUAGCUCCUACGAGAUAUGCCCCUCGAGUCAUUCCAAUCCAUCUUCGACAGAUUUCAUGGCAGUCCGUUGUUGACGAGGCCAGAUCAAGUGGAUACUCCGCGGUGACAAUACGGCCCAUGCACAACAUCACCAGUCAGCUUCGGGACCUUCUGCUCAACACUCUGAAUGGAGAUAAUAUCAGGAAUGAAUUCUCUCGGCCUGAGAUCAGUGAAGCACUCUUCCCACCUGCGGAGGCGCUUGAUUACUUCCUUCGUCUCUAUGUCCGGUUCAUUCAGCCUAGAUAUCCGGUUCUCCAUUUACCAACUUUUGACAUUUACAACUCACCUCCUCUAAUGUUAAUCGCUAUGAUGUUUCUUGGGUCGAGUCAUUCUACUGUAGAUCGCGGCCGGUUUUCACGGCUUUUCCACGAACAUCUCCGGAUAGCAUGUAUGAGGAAACAAGAACUUGAGAAAAAAUGGUUACGGAGUAUCGACAAUAUUCUCACUUACUUUCUCCUCUGCUUGGCUGGUACCUGGAGUGGAAGUAAACACUCCUACGAGUUCGCCGAAGGUGGGCGUGGUAUCCUCGUGACCGCAUGUAGAAGGGCUCGUCUCCUAGAUUGCCGUCCUGUAUCACGGGUUGAAACCGAACCAUAUCAGCGUCCUGGUAGGACUCACCUAGAAGCUGUAUGGUUAGCAUGGAUCGAAACAGAGAGGAGGAAGCGAUUGGGUCUGUCAAUUUAUAUCUUCGACUGCCAAUACCCAGCACUCUUCAACAACCAACCCUAUGUCAGCAAAGCCGAAACCACAAACUGUGUCUUUCCCUGCUCCGAGAAUCUCUGGGAAGCGCACAACGCAGAAACCUGGAAAAUGCUGGUCGGGCCACCAGACAUGCCUCCACCAACAUACUACCUCCACGCACUAAACUGCUGCCUCCUCCGCAAAUGGAUCAAGCCCUCCCCACCCAUCGUCAAAGCCGGCGAAUUCGGCAAAAUCGUCCUCAUGUACGCCCUUCACACGCACAUCUUCGAAUGGCGGCAAUCAACCUCGAUGCUCAACCCGACAGGCCUAAUGGGCACAUUCGGCAACUCCGCGCACGACAUGGGCGAAGGGCUGCGCGAUCGCCGCAAGUGGCUCGUCGACGGGCUCGACAGUUUCGCAGAGUGCUACAAGACGCCCGGCACGAGCAUGGCCGCCCAGCUACUCCACUGCCUCGGCUACGUGUCUUUGGACGUCAGCCUCUCGGAUAUGCACCUCGUUGCCGGGCGCUCGGUUAACCAGAACGAUGGGAAUUUCGCCGAGGAGAACCUCAAGUAUUGGGCGAAUAGCGAGAUUGCGGAGAAGACCAUGGGCCAUGUGUAUAACAUGCUUGCGCUGUGCCAUCACUGCAUCAACAAUGGGAUCGCGGCCGAUAGCUCGUACGAGGUUGCGGUGUGUCUGUUUACGGGCGGGAUGGUGUGUUGGGCGUUUGCGAAGUUGAAGGGGGGGAAUGCCUUGACGGAGCAGUAUGUCGAGCAGGUGAGGAAGGCGAGUCUCGCUUUGAGGCAGAUGGGGUGUUGGAGGAUGUGUUCGAUGUUUGGGAGGAUUUUGCAGGGGUUUGAGAGUCCGAAGGGGUCGUAGAUGGGGAAUGUCAGUGGUUUCCUCCUAUCAGGGACUGGCGAGUUGUUGAGAUUGAGUUUUGCUUGCUUGUGUCGCUUAGAUCUCGCUUUGGUGUUGACGUUGGGUGUACUAGGUCUGUUCGUGUUUGAACUUAGCGGGAAGGAAAAAUGGUUGGCUGGGUAUGCUCGAUUGGGAUGGGAUGAAUGCCCAAAUAUCUCUGGUUAACUUACUCCUUGGAUCUGGCGUUUCCGGAUGGAAUUCUGUUUCAAGUUUUUCUGGGAUGGGGGUAUGGUGUUAGGAAUUGCAGAACAGGACAUACAGCGUCGGAAAAGUAUUGAAGAGACGAAUGGAACGACCUGGGAUGGGAAGUGAAUGAUGGAUGGUAUACCCAAUCCCCCGACUCUCAUCUCCCCCUUCGCCCUCACUUUCAACCACACAACCCUCCUUACACACCCUCAGAAAAAAAGCCCGCAAAAAAAGCCAGCAGAUGAAAGGGAAAAAGGAAAAAGAGACAAACCUUCAACUCCUCCUCCUUCGGCCCCACAAUCAACCCCUUCAAAAACCGAUUCUCCUGCUCCAGCUCCCGGAUGCGGCUCUCCAGCUUCUCCAGCGCCUGCCUCUUCUCCCGCGCCUGCUGCUCGAGCGUCUGCUCGCGCUGCUUCUUCUUGGCGCGGAACCGCGCGCUGGCCGCCGUGUUGCGCAGCCGCUUGAGGUCGGCUUCCGGGUCGCCGCCUUCGGACGUCGGGUACGAUGCCGUUCGGGGGGAGGAGCUGCUGGAUGGGGGUCCGCCGCCGCCCCCAGGGUACGCGGUGUAGGUGGUUGGUUGGGUGUGGUGUUGGGUGUAGAUGGGGACGAAGCCGGGGUGGUGGUGGUGUGGGUGUGGGUGUGAGUGUGGGUGUGGGUGAGGAGUGUUGGAUGAAGAGGCGGUGGUGUAGUAGGGUUGGGUUGGGGUCGUGGCGGCGUGUUGGUGUGGGUGUUGGUGUUGGUAGUAGUCUUGGUGCUGGUCUUGAGCGUCCAUGGCUGCUGCUGCGCCUGUUACGAAUUGGAGGGGUGUGUGUGGUUGAGGUUGGGGCUGGUGGAGGAUUUGACUUGGAUGGGUUUGGAUUGGUGUUUGAGUACGAGUCUGUGUCUGGGUCUGGGUCUCGGUAUCCCAGGGAUAUAUUGGAGAGGAGAGUGGUGAGAGGGCGGCUUCUAGGAGAGCU